AUGGGAAAAUAUACCGAUGGUGUAUGCUGGAGGUGCGGCUCUGUCUCUGCGUUCCUGACGAAUGUCUCUGUAGGCUCAGUCAGCGUUGGAAGGGAUGAGCUUGGAACACGCUACACGCUGCAAGACCUUUCAGCAGUAACGUGGAUUUUAGCAAAUCUUAUGGCUAGAAGGUUUCUCAACUCUAACGUGAAACAACUGGUCACAACAGCAGCAGGAGAAGCAGAUACGUACACCAGUCAGUCCUGGGGUACGUGGGCUUAUCCCAAGCCAGAACUUGAAACUGGCUAUUCUGCUUCCCACACGAGUCUAGUGAGCAGUUCUUUGCUAACAAUGCCAACAUUUCCUGUUGUUGUGAAGAUUGGACAUGCUCACUCAGGCAUGGGAAAGAUCAAGGUAGACAACCACUACGAUUUUCAGGACAUAGCCAGCGUGGUAGCACUUACUCAGACCUACGCCACUACUGAACCCUUCAUAGACUCCAAAUAUGACAUCAGGAUCCAAAAGAUAGGCAGUAACUACAAAGCAUACAUGAGAACUUCCAUAUCCGGAAACUGGAAGACAAACACGGGCUCUGCAAUGCUGGAACAAAUUGCUAUGUCAGAUAAGUACAAGCUUUGGGUUGACACCUGUUCUGAAAUAUUUGGUGGUCUGGACAUCUGUGCUGUUAAAGCUGUACAUGGAAAGGAUGGAAAAGAUUAUAUUUUUGAGGUCAUGGACUGUUCAAUGCCUCUGAUUGGUGAGCAUCAGACUGAAGACAGGCAACAUAUAACUGAUCUAGUCGUAAGCAAAAUGAACCAAAUGUUGUCCAAAACUCCUAUACCAUCUCCUCAGAGACCCACUGCCACUCAGCAGCCUCAGGUAGGAAACUUUUGGUUUUAA